CAAAUGCAGUAUGUAAUUUGAAUUUCCCUUUCUUCCACUGUUCCUUGGUCCAAAGCUUCAUCUUUCCUCCACAGUUCAUGGCUUCUUCAUCUCUCAACCCCCCUUCUUCUUCUUCAACUUGAACACUGAAACGUACAUUGGAAUCGUUGUAUUGUAUGGCUCCCGAAAUGGAAAGAACCCAUGAAGCUGAAGAAGAUUCAGACUCGGAGUUGGAGAAAUUGGAGUCUGAUUUGAAGGGAAUGGCGCACAAGAUUCUGGAAUACCGAGAAACUCUUCCAGAUCAGCUCAAGUCCACUCUCGUUUCGGUUCUCGAUGCCCACAGACCCCUUCUUCCACAACUCAACCCGGGUGCAUCAGAACAAAACAUUUCUAGAGAGGAAAGUUCAUCUGCACCAGAAGAUCCAGAAACUGCUAAGAAACUGAAGUUACUAGAUGAUAAGAUCUCAAGCAAUUGCUCUGCUAUGCCAAUUGUUUUGAAUAGGAUGAAAGACUGCAUUGCCAAAAUUGACAAGUUAGAUUCAUACAAUGCUGCAAGCAUACAUCCAGCCUUCAAAAAGAAGAACACUGGACAAACCUAAUGUAUCAUACUUUAGUUAUUUAACUCAACAUUUAAGAAGACAGCUCAUCCAGUAUUGACCAACUUCGAUCUGUUCACAAGGUAGCCAAGUGUUCACAUUUUCCUUAUGCUGCAAGUAUGACGAAAGCUUCAUUUCAGACUUAUUGCUUUGUUUGGCCAUUUGUGAUAAUAUUUCAAAAAGCAUCCCUGGUUGCUGGAUAAUGAAGAAGUAAAGAUAGUGAAGAGAAAGAUUGGAUAUUGUAUAAUCCUUAACCUCAUUUUCUAUUAGCUUGGUCAUUAAUUGUGUGUAAACUUCAUUUGUUGAACUUGUGUUGGCCUGACUUUCUUCCCUGAUCCUUCGUUUGGGUAUUCAUGCACCGGUGGAGGAAAGCAGAAACUGUGAUUAUUUCGUGUGAUCAUUCCGGAUAUAGCCGAAUACCACGUGAAGAUUUUCAUAGGAAGCCAGUAUUUUGAUCCUUGUUUUGUGCCAUCCAUUGUAGUGCGUUGGUCUGUAUUUGGCCAUGAAAUGCUAUUUUCAUGGUAAUUCUUUAAAUUCAAUAAAGUAUUCUUAUUUGAAAGGAUAAAUCAAAUCAAAUAAUUCCUAUAAUUAUGAUUUUUAUUUU